AUGAACGUGGACAAGACACCGAUCCCAGGAGGCGGCGGCGGCGAUGCGGGAGGAGGAGGAGGCGGCGGCUGCGCCGGCAACGUUCCGGCGAUGCAAUCCUCGUGCGACGCGGUGGCGGCUUCGCCGGCUCCUCACACGGAGUGCGACAUCAGCCGCAUGCCGGACUCCCCCAUGCGCAAGCCCGGCCACCGGCGCGCGCUCUCGGACAUCAUCGGCCUCCCCGAGGACCUGGACCUCGGCGCCCCCGGCGCCGGCGACGGGCCCGCGCUGUCAGACGAGAACGAGGAGGAGCUCUUCUCCAUGUUCCUCGACGUCGAGAAGCUGAAUUCGCGGUGCGGGGCAUCGGAGUCGGAGUCAUCGUGCGCCAUGGCGGGGGGUGGGGGAGAGGCGACACAGACGUCUGCCGCGCCUGGGGCAGGGCUCAGGCCGAAGCAUCAACAGAGGCAUUCGAUGGACGCCUCGAGCUCCAUCGACACGGAGAAUCUGUUUGGUACAUCGGCGAUGGAGGGCGUGUCGCCGGCAGAGGCGAAGAAGGCAAUGUCAGCCGCAAAGCUCGCCGAACUUGCGCUCAUCGACCCCAAGAAGGCAAAAAGGAUUAUAAAUAAUAGACAGUCAGCAGCAAGAUCAAAAGAAAGAAAGAUGCGGUAUAUUGCUGAACUUGAGCGGAAGGUGCAAUUCAUGCAGAGGGAAGCCACAGCAUUGGCAACUCAACUGGCAUUGUUACAGAGAGACACAGCUGGGCUCACAGCUGAGAACAGUGAACUGAAGAUCCGUCUGCAGAACACAGAGCAACAAGUCCACUUACAAGAUGCUCUGAAUGAGGCCCUGAAAUCGGAGCUCCAGCGACUGAAGAUGGCGACAGGCCAGAUGGGCAGCGGCGGCGGAGGGGCGAUGAGCUUCCACACAUCACCUCACCCAUUCGGCGUGAGCCAGCAGGUGUUUCACCCUAACCAAGCAAUGCCGCCCUUCGUGGCGAUGCAGCAGCAGCAGCAUCCCAACCAGCCGUUGCAUCCUCUGCAAACCCAGCAGCUGCAGCAGGCUGCGCUCAACCUGAACAUGAACGGGCCAGCGCCUGCUCCCAACCAGUGGCACUGGGGCGACGCAUGGUCGGAGAGCAGCAGCAGCUGA